AUGGCUGAGUCGGCAGGACCCAAGGAGUCGAUUGAGGGCGGCAAGGCCUGGUACAAUUGCGAUCCGCCCAUGAUCUUGGGUGAAGCUCCUAUCUACAGGGCAAGUGACUCAACGCUGCAUUGGGUCGACUGUCUAGCAGACCCUGCUGAACUGCACAUCCUCAAGGUCGACCCAGAUACCGGCGAUGCCAUCGGCAAAGCUCGUAUACUGCAACUUGAGGACAGUGUGACCGUGGCCUUCUUCCGUCGGAACAAGCCAGGCUACAUCUGCGCAUACUAUCAAGGCGUGGCUUUCAUGGACGAGGAGACUGGCAAAUUGGAAGUGUUGAAGGAAAUCAUUCCGACCAAGGACAGAGAGCUGUUCCGCUUCAAUGACGGAGGAGUUGAUGCUAAGGGUCGUUUCUGGCUCGCCGAAAUUGACCGAAAAGCGUUUGCUUAUCCUGCGAAUCAGUUGCCGGCGAGUUACGGAGAGCCAAAGGGGCGACUCUGGCGAUAUGAUCCAGACGGGAGUCUGCAUGAGAUGGAAAGUGGUAUCAUUUGUGGCAACGGCUUGGCAUGGUCGCCAGAUAACAAGACCAUGUACUUCAACGAUAGUGUCGCUAUGAAGGUGUUUGCAUACGAUUUUGACCUGGAAUCCGGAAGCAUAUCCAACAGACGCCUAUUCAUCGAUCGACGGAGUACCUACGGCGAGCCUGAUGGUAUGGUCGUUGACACCGAGGGGAAUUUGUGGAUCGCAGUCUUUGCAAGUCAUCGUGUCAUGGUCUUUAGCCCAUCAGGUGAGCACCUCAAGGAUGUCGUAUUCUCCGCCAAAAACAUGGCGUGCACGACCUGGGGCGGACGCAACCACGACAUUAUCUUCGUUGCAACCGGGAAAGACCGUAGUAAAGGAGCGAAAGCGGACGAUGAAGGUGGCCACAUGUUCCGGUACAAGCCGUCAGAUGGCGCUAAGGGCUAUGCCAAAUUCGAAUUUGAUGGUUGA